GUGGAAGCUGAACGUUGGAUUGUUGAUCUCAUUCGAAACUAUCGAAUCGAAGGAGCUAAGAUCGACAGCAAACUAGGACAGGUCGUUAUGGGAGUCAAAGCUGUUAGCAUCCACGAGCAGGUUAUGGAGAACACGAAGCGACUCACGCUUCGAGCUCAACAGAUUGCGCUACAACUGGAAAAAGCUAGAACUGAACGAAAAUUGACCGUGUAA